AUGUCUGACCACAUCCAGCGUGAGAGGUCUCGCUCGCCCCGUCGCCGUUCUUCUCGCAGUCCUCCCCGACGCACCCGUCGCUCGUACUCCCCUCGCAGUCGCUCCCGCAGCCGUGGUGAGCGUGACGAAUACCGCCGUCCCGAACGUCCCGAACGUCGUUCCCGAUCCCCUUUGAGUGCUUCCGGAGCAGCUGCUGGACCCCCAGGCUCAGGCUCUCCUUUCGGUGGACGCAGUGGAUACCCCCCCGCUCGAUUUGAGGACCGCACCGUCGCCAAGGAGAAUAUGAUGCAGACCGUUCGCGAUUCGUCCCAGCAAGACCGCCGGGUCUAUGUGGGCAACCUUUCGUAUGAUGUCAAGUGGCAUCACCUUAAAGAUUUUAUGAGACAGGCUGGAGAAGUUCUCUUUGCCGAUGUUUUGCUUCUUCCUAAUGGAAUGUCGAAGGGAUGCGGGAUUGUGGAAUAUGCAACCAGGGACCAAGCACAGAACGCCGUGAAUACUCUCAGCAACCAGAGCCUGAUGGGUCGCCUUGUUUACGUUCGUGAGGACCGUGAAUCCGAGCCCCGUUUCGUUGGUGGUCCCCCACGCGGUGAUUUCGGCCCCGGUGCCCGAGGUGGAUUCGGUGGUGGUGGUUUCGGAGGCCCCCCAGGUGGUGCUGGAGGUGGUGGCCGCCAGAUUUAUGUCUCAAACCUUCCUUUCAACGUUGGCUGGCAAGACUUGAAGGACUUGUUCCGCUCGGCUGCCCAGCAGGGUGCCGUCAUCCGUGCCGAUGUGCACACCGACCCUACCGGACGCCCCAAGGGCUCUGGCAUCGUUGCUUUCGAGUCUCCCGAUGAUGCGCGCAACGCCAUUGCGCAGUUUAACGGAUAUGAUUGGCAGGGUCGUCCCCUUGAAGUUCGUGAAGACCGUUUCGCUGGUGGUGGUCCCGGCUUCGGUGGUCGUGGUGGCUUUGGUGGUGGCUUUGCCGGUCGUGGCGGCUUCGGCGGUCCCAUGGGCCGUGGAGGCUUUGCUGGUCGCGGCGGCUUUGGCGGCGGAUUCCCUGGACGUGGCGGCUUCGGUGGUCCCCCUGGUGGCCACGGUGGUUUCCCCGGUGCCGGUGGAUUUGAACACGGCGGUGCUCCUCCUGUUCCCUCCGGACCCCCCAACCCUUUCACUGAUUAUGCCACCUCCAACGGCGAGAAGAGCGCUGUCAUCUAUGUUCGCAACUUGCCCUGGUCUACUUGCAAUGAGGACCUGAUCGAUCUGUUCUCCACCAUCGGCAAGGUUGAUCGUGCUGAAAUCCAGUACGAACCCAACGGCCGCUCCCGCGGUACUGGUGUGGUUCAAUUUGAUACUCCCGAUACUGCGGAAACCGCAAUUGCCAAGUUCUCCGGUUACCAGUACGGUGGUCGUCCUCUCGGCAUCACCUUCGUGAAGUACAUGAACGCUGCCCCGGGUCCCGAAGAGAUGAUGGAAGGCCAAGAGUCGACCGUCGGUCUGACCCAGGACCAGAUCAUGUAA